AUUAAUAUCGAAGAAUGACGGAAGGCGUGGUCGCCAUCAAGGACAACAGAAAUGACGAUCAGAAUAAGAAGAAGGCGAAGACGCCAGGCAUUUUCGGCUUCUUCAAAGCUGCAAUGUUCGUGUUGCGUCAUCGUACAAAAGGAAAGCAGAAAGCUGCUCAGGUAACCGAUUGGAAGAAGCUGGUGGGCUCUAUGCGCCCUUUGCAUCUCCAGAACAACAACAAUAAUAGUAAUAAUAAUAAUAAUAAUACAUUAUACUGUGCCACGUCACCAUCUGCAACGAGUCAGUACGCUUCCGCUAACGAUCUCAAAUCACUAGAUCAGCUGGACACCACGAGCCAAUACGCUUCUGCAAACGAUCUCAAAUCACUGGAUGCCCCGGCCUCAUCGGGGACGAUGAGCCAGUAUGCCUCCGCAAACAAUCUCCAAGAGCUCGACGAACACGAGGAAGAGGAAGAUGAUCCUGACCAAGUCUUCGAUGCUAUUGGUGCUGACGACAUGAUCGAUGCCAAGGCUGAGCUCUUCAUCCUUCAGUUUUACCAACAAAUGAGGCGUCAAAACAUUGAUUCAAUCAGCGGCCAAUUCAAUUAAUUGCACGUCCAAGGAAAGCAAAAGACAAUAAGGCUAAGGCUAGCUAGCCCGUAA